UGACUUCAUAAAUUUAGAAUCCUGACCAGAGCUGAGAGGGUAUAUAAUUCCGAGCUUCCCCUUGUUCCCUUUACUGCUCGUAUAUCCCCUGCACACCAUGGCGCGCGAUCCGGAGACUGCGAAUUAUGCGUUCAAUCACACCAUGAUCCGUGUCAAGGAUCCCAAGGUGUCUCUCAAAUUCUACCAAGAGGUGCUUGGCAUGGAUCUACUCUCAGAGGCGAAAUUCGAUAGCUUCACCCUCUACUUCCUCGCAUUUGAUCGAUCCGGAGGCAAGCUGACGGCUCAGGAGAAGGCAGAGACUCGGUUCAGCCGUGAAGGCGUGCUCGAGCUUACGCACAACCACGGCACUGAGUCUGACCCCAACUUCCAAGGCUACGCAUCCGGCAACAGUGACCCCGGAAAGGGCUUCGGGCACAUUGCCAUCACCGUCCCUGACGUCGAGAAGGCCUGCGAACGAUUUGAGAAGCUUGGUGUGACCUUCAAGAAGAAGCCGACUGACGGGAAGAUGAGGCACAUUGCCUUCAUUCUGGAUCCUGAUGGGUACUGGAUUGAGAUUGUUCCAGGUCGUAUUCCUGAUCUGGGGAACUGAAGGAGAAAUUGUGAAAGGGCAGUAUUGUAAUGUACAAGUAGUGAAGAAUCAUGAUCAACAAGGUCAGAUCUCGUGUUGUAAAGAAUUGAAUUGGAAUGUAGGGCUUCACCAAUAUCAAGGUUGCUUUAUAAAUCACGAUUAAAGACGAAAUGAUUAUACCACCCCCAAAGUAUCCA